GUGUGUACUGCCGAAAAGUGAAGGGAGCCUGUCGUAAAAUGGUUGCAACAAUGUUGGCAGUAGAGAGUUCAGAGCUAAAAGUCAGUAGAUAAGAAACUUUUGUUAUUUCAAAGGCGCUUGUUGUAUUGUAUACUUAUGUUGAAUGGAUUCGAUUCGAGGCGCCUGUCCCAAGUCGGUUGCCUACGUUAGGGGAGCCCUAAACUGAAUUGAUAUCCAGCUAUAUUAGCGUUAAAAUGGCAUCAUUCAACGGAGGGGGAGGGAACCAUGUACUUGUGGAGGUGAGCCCAGAUAUCCACAUCUGUGGCUUCUGUAAGCAGCAGUACAAUAACUUUGAGGUGUUUCUGGCCCACAAGCAAAAUGGCUGCCAUAUACCCUCCUCUAACAUAUCAGCAUCGAACUCCGCACCCACUCUUACAGAUUCCAGCACAGAGUUUUUUGAGGAAGCCUACCAGACGUGUGUUAUGAGAGGUGUCAAAAAGAUCCUGACCAAAGCCCCCAAAACACCUUCCAAAAAAAUAAAACCUGCCCUGACUUCAAAGAGACGCAGCUGCUGUUUCUCAGGUUGCUCUUUCAAGACACAGUACGGUCAAAAAGACAUGGAGCGGCAUCUCAAAACGCAUACUGGUGAGAAGCCGUUUGAAUGUGAGCUGUGCCAAAAGCGGUUCAGCCGGAGGGACAAGCUGAACAUGCACCUCCGAUCCCACACGGGAGAGAAGCCUCACAAGUGCAAGUACUGUCCCUACGCUGCGGCCGACAGCAGCAGUCUGAAGAAACACCUCCGUAUCCACUAUGACGAGAGGCCCUUCAAGUGCCAAAUCUGCCCUUACGCCAGCCGCAACUCCAGCCAGCUCACCGUGCACCUCCGCUCACACACUGGGGAUGCACCUUUCCAGUGCACUCAGUGUGAAGCAAAGUUCAAGAUCAACUCUGACCUGAAGAGGCACAUCCGCAUCCACUCGGGUGAGAAGCCUUAUAAGUGUGACUUCUGUGAGUACCGCUGUGCCAUGAAGGGCAACCUGAAAUCUCACGUCCAGAUAAAACAUGGCACGUCCAACUCUUUUCCCUGCCCUGACUGUGACUUCCAGUGCACCAACAAGACAGCCCUGCGGCAGCACUCGCGAGAGCACCAGCCCACUCAACCCAUCCAGUGCUCCAAGUGCAUCUACUCCUGCUCCAGCAAGGGGGCGCUCAAGGUCCAUGAGCGGAUCCACUCUGAGGAGCGACCCUUCAAAUGUGACUUCUGCAGUUUCGCCACCAAGCAGCGCAGCAACCUGGUCAUCCACAAGAAGAAGUGUCAUGCGGACAAACCUGAGAAGGGGGCAAGUGUUGGUGGGAAAGGAGGCAAAGCCAGUGUCGGUAAUGGAGAGGACCCUGCCAAGCCUGUGAGCUCCCGGUACCGGGCCAAGCUGGAUGCAACGCGGGCCUUCCGCUGUGACCUGUGCGAGGCAUCAUUUGUGAGGGAGGACUCUCUGCGCAGCCACAGGAAGCAGCACCGGGAAUCAGGCUCUGAACAGACUCUUUCCUUGACGCUCCAGCCCAUUACCUCCCAGCCCAGUAGUGUGACUGUGAGCCCUUUACCCAGGCAGGACACCACCCAGCUCCCCCUCCACCAUGUCCCACUAGCUCCUCUGGCCCCCUACAGCAGUGCCCAGCUUAAGAUCAUAGUAUCCCACCCGUUGGGUCAGGAGGGCUCCUUCCAUCCCCUGCAGGCUGGGGUGGGUGUGGACAUUGGGCAGCACCAGCAUCACACCAAGGGUUCCUCUGCCAUCCUCUUGAGCCCAGAGAGUCAGGACAUGGUGGUCAACUCCAUGAUCCAGCAGGUCAACCUGAGCCUCACGCCCAUGCAGCAUAUAGGAGGUCCAACAGACGGCGCUGGUCUGGAGCCUGGGACAGUCCUGCUGACACACCUCUCCUCAGAGGAUAGCAGUAACCCUCUGCACCAGGCCCUACUGCAGACAGCCAUUACCUCCCAGGUCUCUUCAGCAGCACACAGCACACAGGCCUUCAUCACCACCUGCUCAGACCUGGAGGGCUUUAACGCUCUUAUCCAGGAGGGGGGCACUGAGGUUACUGUGGUGACGGAGGGAGGGAACCACGGUAACCUAGUCGCCACGGCCACCUCCAUGUUCCCGCCCUCGGACAUGAUGUGUACCGACGGUGGCCCUUCGGAAGACUUGGCCAAGCAGGCACAUGUAACAGUGUUGCACGGGGUUGGGGACAAUAGCAUUACCACCUGUGAGGAGGACAGUAGUCUCAUUGUCCCUAGCAUCAGUUUAGGCAGCCAGGGAGUGGUCAUCCACAGCUUGCCACUGGUGGUGACUGCCCAGAACCAGCCUGUUCUAGAACAACUCUCAGUCUCUACACAGAACCUCUAUUCAGUGUCGGACACACACAACAUGGACGGCCUCCAAGACUGAAUAGAUCACCAUUACUGAAGGUCAACAGGUCAAAUAGAUAUUUAUAACAAACGGUGAGAGGGCAGCUAAUGUUCCGUUACAGAGUGAUGACUCUUGACUUAUGUCAUGCUUAGAUUAAUUUAUUUGUUAAUCAUAAAUUCCGUCUUGAAUGAAGUAUGUUUGGUACAACCUAGUCAAUAUUGGAUUAUUUUAAUCUUUGACGUGUUUCCCAAUCAUGAACUUUCCAAUUCCGAUGAACACGAAGGCGAUGCAUUGCUUAAAGUGUCAUGAAACUGGGCAUUUCAGAAAAACAAAUUAAAACAAUAUCUGCUUGUG